GAGAGAUCAUUAAUACCAAACUACAGUUACUAGGACUAAACAAAACACUUAAGCAUGUCUCUUCCGAUUGCAACUCUCCUUCUAUUGAUGUUUUCAACAUCGUCAUCUUAUUUCAUCUCUCUUGCACACUCCAAGAUCCCUCGACUUGGGAUUUCCCCAAAUAUGCUAAAGAAUGCACCUGGUGCAACGACGCAGAAACUAAACGACUCUGAUCUAAAAAUGUUCUACUUUAAUCAAAAUCUCGACCACUUCACAUUCACACCAAAAAGCUACAUGACAUUUCAACAAAGAUACGCUAUCGAUUCCAAACACUGGGCUGGCGCUAACGCACCAAUAUUAGCGUUUCUUGGAGAAGAAUCAUCGUUAGAUUCCGAUUUGUCUGCCAUAGGUUUUCUCCGUGACAAUGGUCCUCGUUUCAAAGCGCUCCUUGUCUACAUAGAGCAUAGGUAUUAUGGGAAGACGAUGCCAUUUGGAUCAGCAGAAGAAACAUUGAAGAACGCGAGUACGUUGGGGUAUUUGAACGCAGCACAAGCUUUAGCAGACUAUGCAGCGAUUCUCUUGCAUGUUAAGGAGAAGUACGCAACCAAACACAGUCCUAUCAUUGUCAUAGGAGGAUCAUAUGGUGGAAUGUUAGCGGCAUGGUUCAGGCUAAAAUAUCCACACAUAGCACUCGGAGCAUUAGCAUCUUCAGCUCCUCUACUCUACUUUGAAGAUACUCGCCCUAAAUUUGGUUAUUAUUAUAUCGUAACCAAGGUCAUCAAGGGAACGAGUGAGAGAUGUUAUAACAUGAUCCGUAAAUCUUGGAAAGAAAUUGAUAGAGUUGCUGCCAAACCCAAUGGUCUCUUAAUCCUCAGCAAACAAUUUAAAACUUGCUCACCAUUGAACGGAAGCUUCGAUAUCAAAGACUUUUUGAGUACAAUAUACGCUGAAGCUGUUCAAUACAAUCGGGGUCCCAGUUAUUGGGUGGCCAACGUGUGCAAAGCAAUAGACAACAACCCAACAAACCGUAAAAAUGGUUUACUUGAUCGUAUCUUCGCAGGUGUUGUCGCUUUAGUAGGCAACCAAUCUUGCUAUGAUACCAAUAUGUUUGCCCAUCCUACAAACAAUAAUAAAGCAUGGAGAUGGCAGACCUGCAGCGAGAUAGUGAUGCCGGUGGGAUAUGACAAACAAGACACGAUGUUCCCAACAACACCAUUUAAUAUGACCAAUUACAUUGAGGGAUGUAAAGCUGAUUAUGGUGUCACUCCCCGGCCACACUGGAUCACGACAUACUUUGGUAUUCAGGAUGUGAAGUUAGUCCUCCGAAAAUUUGGGAGCAACAUCAUUUUCUCUAAUGGAUUGUCAGAUCCUUAUAGCGUCGGCGGAGUUUUAGAGGAUAUUUCAGAUAGUAUAGUCGCCAUCAAAUCAAAUAAUGGUUCACAUUGUCAAGACAUUGUCAUGAAGAUGAAAGGAGAUCCGGAGUGGCUGGUGAUGCAACGAGACAAGGAAAUUAAAAUAAUUGAAUCUUGGAUUUCAACGUAUCAAAAGGAUUUAAGAGCUCUUAACAUACCUAUCUAAGUUAGAUUAUAAUAUACACAAUAUUUAGAAACAAUAAGUGGUUCUUGUACUGGUUGAGAGGCAUGGUUAAAUGAAGAUCGAUCGAUAUAAAAGCCAGUAAAUACUGUAAAUCUUACUAUGGUAUUUCUCCUAGGCCAACAUCGGAUCACAACGAAUUAUACUAUAUAAUAACUUUGACGUCAUAGUUA